CCGGAGGAAAAUUUGUAAAAGAUAUUAAAACGCGGCCCGUUUCUUAACACUUCCUCGUUGGGUGUUUCAUGUUUUAUUUUGCCGUUGCAUCGUGCCCGUGUGCUCCGCGCCGAGUUGAACCCGUCGUCCUUUUUUUUCUCUCCCCCUUCCACACUGAAUGGCCUCAAGAGCAGAAAUCAGAGGAGCGAGCGUUUGGGAGGAAAUAAAGGCAGCCCUGUUUUAUUUUGAUGCGUCGUUGCUGACAGCUAGCAUCUGCUGCUAGCUCGCCUCCGUGCUGCUGGGUGGAGGUGGAGGGGUGGAGGACGAUUUGCAUCAAAGGGAGGAGAAAUAAAAACAAGUUUGAGACCGUGGGUUCCCCUCGCUGCUCUCCGGUGAGUGAUCGCUGCCCCCGUCGGACGCGACACCCCCCCGCCCGUCGUAUUCUUCUUUUUCACCGCCGCUAGCAUCGUAGCAAAGGACUAGCCUAAAGAAAGGGGGAGGAGAGACGGUGGAAAAAAGGACGCAUUCAAAUCAAAUGUUUAUCAGCCUUUCGUCCAACACCAGCCAGCUCCCCCCUCCUCCUCCUCCUCCUUCAUCAUGACUGAUUUUGGAUUUAACCUGCAUUCGAGGGGAUGAUACAUGUGAAAGGAAAAGGAGAAAGACUGUCUUUUUUUUUUUGGUGGAGGUAGUUGGAUUAUAACCCCGUAGACCCCCCUCUUUUUUUUUCAUCCAGCUUUCUCCUCCUCCUCCCCUCCAUUUCUCUUUCAAUAUGCUGUUUUCCACUCCUGAGGACUCGCUUAUGAAACCGGGGGAAAUCGCCUGAAAGCGAGAACGGGAAAGACUGGAUUUUUUUCCCCCUUCUCCCCCCUCCCCUCCUCCCGUAAUCUGCGGUGCGACGUUCUCGCUGCUUUCGUCCCUCAUCGCAACGCAUCGUAACCACAUAAAUGGAUAGAAAUUACCCGGGAACAGGAUUUGGUGAUUUGGGCGCAGGAGCAGGAUGGAGUUACGAGAGAUCGGCGAAAGCAAGUCUUGUGUAUGGGAGUUCCAGAUCAUCCCACCCGGAGUCUGAGCUCCUGCACAGACAAGCCUACGCCACCCCACACCCCCUGCAAGGCUAUGCCACCAAUCACCACCCAGGGAGCUCCGGCCAAGGCGGGGCUUGGGGAGCAGCUGGACGCAGUUUGGGCCUGUCGGGGCUCUUUGACACUGGCCUCCACCACGCCAGCCCCUCUGCUCCCGACGCCUCCGUCAUGAAUCUGAUCUCAGCGCUGGAGUCUCGCGGUUCCCAGCCUCCACCUUCUGCCUCCUCCCUUCUCUCCCAGUUCCGCACGCCCACCUGGCAGACAGCGAUGCACACACCUGCUCCCCCUGAACUCUUCAUCUCUGGGGCCCUUCCUGGCUCUGGCUCAUUCACCUCCUCUUCACCUCUCUCGGCCUAUCAACAUCCAGCAUCCUUCUCCAGCCGCUCCUUCCCUACCGCCUCCCUUUCUCUCCAGGACACGCCCACAUUUAGUCCCACAUCCAAUGGCCUGCUGUCCCCACAUGACCCCUUGUUACAUAUCAAAGCCCCUUCCCAGUCUAGCCUGGGUUUCGAUAGGCUGCUGUCGUCUCAGGGAGCCGCAGCAGCUGCCUAUCGGGGCAGCCAGGAUCCCAGCAGCGCCGCGUCGGCCCAGUCGUCCUCUGCCAGGCACCUGCAGUCGCACCAGUUCAACCUGCUGUCGUCACAGCUGCAGGACCAGUCGUCCCAGCUGUACAAUGCAUCAGUGUUUUCGUCAGCCCAGCCGCAGCCCCAGUCCCAGUCCAACUCGGCUCAGGAACGUGCAGUUCCCCGGCAGGACAGCGUUAUCAAGCACUACCAGCGGCCCACGCCGGCUCAGUCACAGCUCUCGUCCUCUGCGGCCCACUCCCUUCAGCACUACCUCAGCUGCGGAGGGGCGGGGUACCAGCAGAUUGCCACCCACCACAGGCACGCCGGGCUUUCCUGCAGCCCUCUGGGGGAGCAGAGCCCCUCGUCUGACCACAAGCCCAGCUCUCGCACUGAGCAGUAUCGGCCGAUCAUCCAGCCUCCCUAUUCGUCGUCGUCGUCCUCCUCGUCAUCUUCUUCAGCUGGGAAAGGUACAAAGAACAGCUCCAGCAGUGGCUAUUCCUCUGCCAGUUCAGCGUCAUCCUCCAGAACUCCCCACACGCCGCCGUCCGCCUCCUCUACCUCAUCUUCCUCCUCCUCUUCUUCUGCCACCUCCGGGGCUCAUCCUUCCAACUCCAUCCCCACUUCCAGCUCCAGCGCGACCGCAUCCAGGCAGCAACCACCCCCUCAACCAGCCCCUCCUCCCCCAGCCCCACAGCAGCAGCAGCAGCAGCAGCAGCAGCCCCCGGCCACCUCCACGUCAGCCCCUCAAGCGCUCCCCAAGUCAUGCCUCUCAGGCUACGGUUCUCCUGUUCCCCCGGGGAAGAACCCCACCUCUGCUCUUACUGGUCAGACCCCACCCCAACAACAGACACAGUCGUAUUCCCCCAACCAACCUCCUACUUCCCACCUGGCUCAGUCCUACGGAGGCUUCAAUUCACCACAAGCCCAAGACCUGAGCUCGGGUACAGGUGGGAAAGGCUACGGGAGCUUAGGAGGGCGGAGCCAGUCAUACCCGACCGACCUAUAUGGAGCCGACUCUGCUUAUGGAUCGCUCCCGUCCUCCCUGGGUGGAGCUGGAAGCCCAUCACUGGGCUACGGCGCCCCGGGUCACUCCCCUGCCCUGUUGAGGUCAAGUGGUUCAUCGGGCAGUGGCGCCUCUGGCGGUGGAAGCAGUAGCGGCACAGGAAGUGGGAACGCCGGGUCAGGAGGAGGAGGAGCUGGAAACGGUAUGACCAAUGAGCGAGGUGGAGGCGGAAGCGGUGGAGGGUCUUAUCAUCUUCCAGACUCAAGCCCCUCUCCAUCGGGCAACUCGGGCAUCAUCCGUCCGGGGUUGCACUCCCCAGUGCCCGCCUGCCCCACGCAAUCUCCAGGAGGCGCGGCCUCUAACAAAUACAUUUCCUCGGUUCUCUCCCCCACCUUCCUGGCCUCCCCACAGGGCUACACUGACACCAGAGGCCCCAGCUCCCAAUCUCAGUCCUAUCAUUCCACCGCCUCCAAAGCGAAGGACACUUCCAUGCUCGGAGUGGGCUCUCAGAGAUCCCAAGAGGAAGUAGACGACGACGACGAGUUCUUAAUCCAGCACCUGCUGCAAGCCCAAGCGAGUCCCGCACCCCACCAUCCCCAACAACAGGCCCCCCAACAAACACAGCCUCAGCCCCAGCCAGGUCCCCCCGCCGCCGAUUCAGGCAAAGGGCUGAGCUAUGACAUGGGCAAGAGCUCCGAGGAGAGGUACCAUCCCCAGAGUGUCAUACGCACCCAUAGUGCCACGUCGACUGGUAAUGCAGGCUCUGGAGGUUCCAUCUCGGGGCUGGAAAACCAGCUGGAGAUGUCGCUAAAGAAGCAGCAGCAACAACAACAACAACAACAACAACACCAUCAUCAGCAACAGCAGCAGCAGCAGCAGCAGCAGCAGCAACAACAACAGCAGCAAAGGAACGAGAGGUCUGUUGGAAGCGGCAGGAACAGUGGGGGCAGAGGCAGCGCUGAACAAGUGCACUCUCAUCUCCAUCACCAUGACAACCUAGGCUCAGUGGUCCACUAUGGGCGGGGUGACCCAUACAAUCCACACUCCCUUGCUCCCCAACACUCCUCGCACAGUCAGCACGUGUCCUCGCACCCGCAGAUUCCGUCGCACACCCAAAUGGAGCUGCAGAAGAAGCCGCAGGAGCGCGCCGAAAUCCCGUAUCCCCGGAAAACACCGGAAGUCCAGCAGCAGCAUUCCCAGUCGCAAGCGGCUGGCUCCCUCAUGGACUCUCCCACCGAUCAGUCCCGCCAGCCGCCACACCUCCUCCAGUCAGUGCUGUCCCACACCACCCGCAACAAACUGGAGCCUCAUCAACAGCACCACAAGAUGGACUCUCACCACCAACAACAACAACACCAACAGCAGCAGCAGCAGCAGCACCACAAAAUGGACUCUCAUCGGCAGCACCAACAGCAUCACAAAAUGGACUCCCACCAACCACAUCAGCAACACCCGAAAAUGGACCCCCACCCUCAGCAUCAACAGCACUCCAUUAGCCAACAACAAGCUGUGAUGGAAGGCGCCGGUGGGGCACUUGGCUCGAGUAAACACCAGGCUCCGUCUCAGUCCCAAACCACCCAGCUCCAGCUCCAGCUGCAGUCGCAGGCUUUGGAGGUGGCUGCGGCCCACUACAACCACGGCGGCCAGUCCCAUCAGCACGAGCAGAGCCAGGUCAAGCAGAGCGCCGUGGUGUCUUCUCUGGACAUGCUGGAACGCUCCCUUUCUCAGACCUCCGGCUCCGACGUAACCGCUGCAGAGGACCGGCGCGGCGGAGCGGGCAGCGUGGGAAGAGGUGGAGGAAGCAGUGAGCGCCACAGGCAGGAGCAGCAGCAGCAGCAGCAGCAGCAGAGGCAGCAUCCGUCCCACCAUCACACACAGCAACACUCGGCCUCUGAGCUGCACUCUUUCCUCUCCGAGCCCGAUAUCGGCUUGUCCACCCCGCCUCACAUGCACCAUCUUUCACAGCACCACCCGCAGCAGCAGCAGCAGCAUCCAAGCACUCAGCACCAACAGAGCCACUCCCACCACCCUCACCAGCAGCCCCCGCAUCCCCACCACAUCCCCCCGCCGUCUGCCUCGGGCCACUCCCAGCCACAAGCGGACCAACAGCAGCCGCUGUCGUCCCAGCUCCCCCCUCAGCAGAGCCAGCUGGACCGACAGCGCGCUGAGCAGCACCAGUUUGACACCGUCAGCCCGGUGGAGAAAGCGGACCAGAAUCAACAGAGUAACCGCUUUGUGCCCCUAACGUCCAUCUGCUUCCCGGACUCCCUCCUUCAGGAUGAGGACCGCUCCUUUUUCCCCGGAAUGGAAGACAUGUUUUGCGCGGAGGACUACAAGUCGAGCUGCGCUGGAGGUGCAGGACCAGGACAGGAGGAGAUGAACGAAAGGCACGCUGGACAAGAGGGAAUGGAUUCCAUGAAAGCUGGACCGGGUGGAGGCGGAGCCGGGGGAAGCGGCGGAGCCGGCUAUGACAUGAUGGGUCACCAUGGUGGCGAUCAAGGUUAUGAGCCAUACUGUCAUGGCCUGCAAGAGCCCAGCAACAGCACCAUGACUCUGGAUCUAGACUCCCUGAAAGGCCACGAGCUCCCUUCCACUGUGAACACCGAACAGCUGGGACUGAUCCAGUCCCAGGGCCCAGCUAUGGGGAUGGGUCCCAAUUCUGCCGGUCCCAACAACUCUGGAGCCAAGAUGUCCUCUGGGCCCGGAGGACCUGGCCAAGGCGCUGGUCCCGGAGGCCUCCAAUCUCCCAUUUUCUGCUCCUCUCGCCCCAAGAAGCUCCUGAAGUCCAGCUCCUUCCACCUGUUAAAGGAGCGCCGGGACCCCAACACACUGCCUAAAAAGAGUUACGCUCAAGAAUAUGAGUUUGAAGACGAUGAGGAUAAAGCCGACCAGCCGGCGGACAUCCGGUUGAACAGCCGGAGGCUCCCGGACCUUUUGCCGGACCUGGUGUCCAGCUGCAGAAAGGGGGGAGGAGGAGGGGCGGGAGGAGGGGGAGGAGGGGGAAGUGGCUCUCUCAGUCCUUUAAUGGGUGACAUCGACUUCUACCACUCCUCUGGGUACUCCUCGAUGGGUUCCCACUCUCUUUUGCCUCAGGAUGGACCCAAGAAGAGGGGCCGAAAGCCCACUAGACCCAAGAGAGAUGGCCCCCCGAGGCCAAGAGGCAGGCCUCGCAUCCGCCCCAUGCCGGAGCCCUACACUCCACGGGGGAUGAUGGGAGAGCUGGGUGGGGCGACAGUAGGGGCGGGAUUCACCGUGGAGGGUCGAGGCAGGGGCAGGGGCCGUGGAAGCCGAGGCAGGGGACAAAGGAGGGAGGACAUGUACAUGGAGAUGAGCGGCAAGGAGCCCGAUCAGAUGCACCAACAUCCCCUCCAGCAGCAGCAGCAGCUCCAUCACCAACCCCAACAGCAGCUACAUGAGCCAAUUCCUCCCCUGAAGAUCAAGUUACCAAUUGGUACCCUGUCCUCCUCCGAUGCCCUGCUGAGGACGGACUCGUUGUCUGGCACGGACCCCGCUCUGUCGGACGGCUCGGUGGGCUCCGCUCCCUCACUCGGUUUAAGUCCCGGACCCCCCUGCAGCACCGAAAGCAACAGAAGUCAGGAAAAGAACAAGCAGAAGAGCCACAUGAUGAGUGAAGGGGUGGAUGAUGAGGGGCUGGAGGACAGAGGUGACGAAAAGGAUUCUGAAUCCAAAGCCGGCUUUGUCGCUUCCUUCUUGGACUUCCUCAAGACUGGGAAGAGACCUCCAGGCUUGGACAUCUCUCCGGGAAUGGAGGCGGACAAUGGAGAAAACUCGCCGUGUAAAUCGGGAGGCCUGCGCCCACUGUCUCCCGCACAUCCCCCCCCGCCGCCGCCGCCGCCUGCGUUCGGGGACAGCGAAGGCAACGGGAGGCUGGCGCUGGGCAACUGCCCGAGCCCGAAGCGCCUGGAGGACGAGCUGAAGAGGAACCUGGAGACCUUGCCGUCGUUUUCCUCCGACGAGGAGGACUCCGUGGGAAAGAAUCAGGACCUCCAGAAGAGCAUCUCCUCCGCCAUAUCCGCUUUGUAUGACACUCCUCAGCUGAACUCCAACCUCCAGACCCCGCUACCUCCCUCGCCACCUCAGGCCCCUCAGUCCCCACUUACUCCCACCCUGCAGCCCCCCACGCUCAGCCCGCAGCCCACCAUGCACACGCCUCACCACCUGCCCGAGUCCAGCGAGCCCGACGUCCUCCAGCCAGAAGACGCAGACAUGGACGAGCACAAGGGUGAGGGGAAUGAGGAGGACCGUAAUGACGAGGAGGAGGUGGAGGAGGAGGAGAGGAGCACGGGUGGGGAUGAAGAGAGCGACUUGACAGAAGAGAGAGAGACACAGCUGGAAACCCUCGGUGCUCCGAACCUUGAAGCGUCCCUCCCUGAGAUUCCUCUAGAGCCAGAAACUCCUGAACCCCCCUCUGUCCCCGCGUCUCCCGCCGCCUCCUCCUCCUCCUCCUCCUCUCCUUCUCACUCCCCCCUCCCUCUGUGCGUCAGACGCCAGUCCCUCUCCCGAAUGGCUUCGCCUCCCGCCCAGGCGCCACCCAAAGUAGAGAAAGAGGAGAGAGUGUCUCCGUCGGUGCAGCGUGACCAGAGGGAGAAAACCAGAACCGCGACAACAAAAGAGCCGCGGGAGAGAAAGGAGCUUCCAGCUGCUCCGCCCAAAGCAAAGGAAAAGGAGAAAGAGCGGGACGGCGAGAAGGAGAAGCGAGCGCAGCCGCAGCAGGACAAAGCCGAGAAACGGGCCGCGGCAACGGAGCGAAGUAGAGCAAAGGAGGAGAAGAAAGCGGUGGAGAGGAAGGAGAAGGCCGAGCGCCCACCCAAGUCCAAGUCGGCCAAAGUGAAGGCGGAGCCGCCGCCGAAGAAGAGGAAGAGGUGGCUGAAGGAAAUACCUUCGUCAUCUGACUCGGACUCAUCGGAGGAGGCAGCUAGUGAGAAUGAAAUGCCCGUGAAAGGAGGCGUGAACAACCGGGCCAUGAGGGAGAUGUUCAGGAGCUACGUGGAGAUGCUGGUCAGCACAGCGCUGGACCCUGACAUGAUCCAAGCGCUGGAGGACACGGACGAUGAGCUGUACCUCCCACCUAUGAGGAAGAUUGACAGCAUCAUCAGCGAGCAGAAGAGGAGGUUGUUGAGGAGAGUCGGCAUGAGCUCUCAGCACCAGGAGGUCCUUCACGCUUACCCCCAGAUCAUUGUGGACCCCCUGGACUCAGGAGCCGUCAGGGUGCGCCUUAGUGGGGAUGCUUACAACCGAAAGACCCUCAACAGAGUCAAAAAGACCCUGCCUAAGCCACAGGACCUUAAACUGUCAGCUGAGACGUAUCGCAUCUACAGCCUCUUCCACUCGCUGCAUCACUAUAAAUACCACACCUUCUUACAGUGCAAGAAAGAGACAAACUCCAUCGAGCAGGCUGCUGAGGACCCGGGGCAGGAGGAAGUGGUGCAGCAGUGCAUGGCCAACCAGAGCUGGCUGGACGCCCUCUUCGGCUCCUGGAUCGAGCUGCUCACGCUCAGCACCAAAGUCUGAGUCGACCAGAGACGGACGGCGAGAGAGGGCGAGAGAGAGCAUCGACUAAAGCGAGAGGAUUUUUAAAAAAAAACUAAAAGACGAUGCAAAGAGAUGGAUCCUACUGUACAGACCCCCCCCCCCCGACCCGCUUCAAGGCUCUUAGGAGCUGAGGAUGGAUUUUUAAGGCCCUUGACGGACACCAGACACUAGCAGGUCCAUUCAUGUGACCUCAGACACUGGCCUCUGCUCUUUUUCUUGUUACUGAUCACUGACUAAAGAAAUGUCUUACUUUGUGAAAGGGGGGGGGACCCCUACAGGAUCAGGGGUCACUGGCUGGGUGGAGAGGGUUUGUCCCUUCAGGGGACAGUGUGGGGGGGGGGGGGGGGGUGUGAAAGGACAAAGAAGAGCAGCCCUAACGCCAAGUCAACGGAGGAGCCACUGACGUCUUGUUACCUUUUGUGUCAUGAAGAAAAUAGUUCAAAAGAGAAACUAUUACCACUUAGUUUUUACAUAAAUUAUUUUUUUGAAGACUAACAUCCGCUGUUGGCUUUUGAACAGAGUGGAAGAGGGUGAGAAUGCUUUUUAAACCGCGUGGAGAGCGUGCCGUGCGCACAGUGAACACUGACUCGUCCACGGAUAGAAACAUGAAGCGUGUUCGUAGACUCUCUCUCUCUCAUCCUGGGCAGCGCCUGUCCGCUGUGUGGUAAUAUAUAAACACAUUUUUAUUAUUUAUAUGAGGAGGUUUUUAACUUUAAACUCUCACAAGCGCCGGGUUGCUGCCCUAACAUUUUAAAACCCUUUUAAUUUCCCACAGGAUCAGUAUACAGCCGUCACCCACACAGCCGAGCCGUCUUCCCCUCUAUUCAAAAGAACGGACGCCGAGACUGAAGCGUUGUAUCAAAUACAGUGGGUGUAAAGUAACAAGGUCAAAAGAAAAAAAAAAGAAGAGUGGGGAACAUCUAUUUGAAACUUAACAUUGUCGUGCUUCAGUUCAAUCAUCCGUCAUGCAGGUGCAAAGAAAAAGAAGUAAACUUUCCAUUUCCCAUGUGGGAAGAAGGAGUAUAAAUACGUAAUAUUUAAAGAGGAAAUAGUCAUUUCAUUUUUAUCAUUUUGAUGUUUGUGCAUACUAUGACUUAUUUUGAAAACAAUCUAAUUUUCCAUAAAAAAAAGGAAAAAAAGGCUUGUAAAUAUUGUACAGUUCUUGAUGAAAUUCUUUGUCCUUCUGUACAUUAACUCUCCUGUAUUUGAGAAACAAAUAAAAUCUGCAAAGAACAAA